GAGAAUUUGCCGGCGAAGAAGGAACGAGCUCCUGAGCUAGCUUAGCUGCAGAACUCAUUUAGCGAAAUAUGGCUGCUGUGCUCCCCGUCAGGCCGCCCUGCGAUAGCAACCCCGCUACCCCCGGAGCACAAUCCAUAAAGGAGGAUGUGAUAGAAGAAGUGUCCAAUGAUGGCAGCCAACCUCCCAAGAGAAGAAGAAUGGGUUCAGGGGACAGCUCUCGAAGCUGUGAUACCUCCAGUCAAGAGCUCGGUCCGACAUAUUUCCCAGCAGAAAACCUGACAGAAUACAAAUGGCCACCAGACGAUACAGGAGAGUACUAUAUGCUGCAGGAGCAGGUCAGCGAGUAUCUGGGAGUCACAUCAUUCAAGAGGAAGUAUCCUGAUAUGGAGAGGAGAGACUUGUCCCACAAAGAGAAGCUCUACCUUCGUGAACAGAAUGUCAUCACUGAGACACAGUGCACUUUGGGUUUGACAGCUCUGCGGAGCGAUGAGGUGAUCGAUCUGAUGAUAAAGGAAUAUCCGACCAAACACUCAGAGUAUUCGGUCAUACUUCAGGAGAGGGAGCGACAGAGAAUAGCAAAAGAGUACUCUCAAAUGCAACAGCAGAACCCUCAGAAGGUGGAGGCCAGCAAAGUUCCCGAGUAUAUAAAGAAGGCGGCAAAAAAAGCUGCAGAGUUCAACAGUAACUUUAACAGGGAGCGCAUGGAAGAGAGGAGAGCUUACUUUGACCUCCAGACACAUAUCAUCCAGGUGCCACAGGGCAGGUUUAAAGUGCUGGCUCCAGAGCUAACCAGGACAGGGCCCUACCCUGUGGCUCUCAUACCAGGACAGUUCCAAGACUAUUAUAAAAAGUACUCUCCAAAUGAGCUGCGAUACCUGCCGCUGAACACAGCUCUGUUCGAGCCUCCACUGGAUCCGGAACUUCCUGCGCCGGACUCAGAGCCUGACUCAGAUGAUGCUGAGGAUGGCAAGGAUGACAAGAAGAACAAGAACUCCUCUGAUAGUUCUUCAGGCAACACAUCAGACGUGGAGAGCCAGGAGGGUGGAGGAGGACACGGCCACAAGUCCAAGGCCAAAGACAGGACAGCAACUCCAGGCAAAGAGGGCAGCCAGCGCCAUUCUGCGUCCCAGAAAACCACCCCAGGGUACAAGCCUAAGGUCAUUCCCAGUGCUAUAUGUGGCAUUUGCCAGAAGGGUAAAGAGGCCAACAAGAAAGGCAAGCCAGAGGCUCUCAUUCACUGCUCCCAGUGUGAAAACAGUGGCCACCCGUCCUGCUUGGACAUGAGCGAGGAGCUGGUGAGCAUGAUUCAGACAUACCGCUGGCAGUGCAUGGAGUGUAAGACCUGCACCGUGUGCCAGCAGCCCCACCACGAAGACGAGAUGAUGUUCUGCGACAUGUGCGACCGAGGAUAUCACACCUUCUGCGUAGGAAUGGACUCCAUACCUACAGGGCUUUGGAUAUGUGAAGUUUGUGACAGAGAUUUCACCACACCCAAGAAGAAAGGAGGAGCCAAAACACCUAAGAAGUCCAAGUCAGCUCAGAAAUGAUUAACAGGUCCAUCAAAAUAAUCCCAUUACUAAAUUCUGCACAAAUGCACUGUCGUUAGAAGCUGUAAAACUUGAAAAUUACAUAAGUGUAUGACCCAACAGUUUUAAUGGAGAAAGAUAAAUGCAUAGUUCAUGAGCCAUAAAAGAAAAAAGUGAAGCCUUCCAAAUAACAAAAAAUCCAAACACAAGAUCCUGAGUUCCUGUUACUGCUUGAAAACAAAUGUAUCUUUUCUGUGGCAAGCCUAUAAUUUAAAACACAAUUCUCAUCAAUAAGCCAAAUCAGUGCAUUGAGUUUUUAUUAACUCUUGUAUGUGAUUCUACAUUAACUUUAUGUCCAGAUAAGGGAUUAACUUCAGCAGAGCAGCUCAGAGAAUGAACUCCAGCUACAGAAAUGAUGCAACAAAGCUAAACUGGAAAUUGUGUCCUUCCAAACGUACUGCACUGAAUCCUUUGACCACUAACAGUGUCGACUGUUCCUUCAUUAAAUUGUACAGUUUCUGCCUCAUUGUGUUGCUGCAGUGAUAACCUGUUUGCUGGGAAAUUGUUUCAGUUAAAAAAAAUGGUGCUUUUGAUCCUUUUGCUACUGAAACAAUAGAUCUUUUUUCUUUCAAAAUUACAUCCUUGUAUGUUUUUUUUUUUAUAUCUUUUGAAUUAUUUUUUAUGUAUUUUGAUAAGGUGGGAUUUAAUGAGUCAAGCCAGUAAAAUCUUAUUUAAAUCAAUAAUGACGUGGUGCUUCUCAUCCUAUGUGUUAACGUGUAAAAGACACUGGCUGUCAGACCUCAUAUCUGCAGGAGUAUUCAGGUUUUGGGAGUGAGCCUUAAUUACCAAAACAGUCUCAGAAAAAUUGAACCACUCGUAAUUACACUGAAUUGUAAUUACGCUGAAUUUAACACCCAUCAGCUUGAUGGUUAAUUGAUGGUUCUGCAAUCAACUUAAAAUGUUUCUUUUUCUGUUGUCCUGCAAUAAGCAGGUUGAUAAUCUUACAUUCAUUUGUUGUUGAAUAUAUUGUCUUGGUUACUGAAGUUUGAUGUGUUCUUUUUUUUUUCAAUAAAAUCUUAAAAAAAGAAUGA